AUGUCUUCGACCGAGCGUCUUCGGAAGAACCCCGACACCGAGGCGCGUGAGGUCAUUAGGCAAGUCGCCGUUUUAAAGAAGAAAGAAGCUGAGCUCCGCCAGCUAGACAAGGACAUUCUCGAUCUCACGGAAGACGAAGCUAUUGAAGGAGAAGUCGAGGGCGCAAACGACUACCACGAGAAGAUUCUGUACGCGAUUGCUGAUGCGCAGUUCUUCCUGUCACAGCGUCAACAGGCGACCGGUCACAGCGGCCCGUCUAGGAGUGAACCCAAUGACGACCGGGUAGCAGCCACCCAGAGCAACAUCGGAUCUGCUGGGGCGCCGCCAGGACCCGUCAGUACGCCACGCUACCGCGCCACGAUUCACGAGAACACCGAGUUGCCGCCCAUCGAGAAAUUUAAGUAUUUGCUGACGUACCUGACGGGAGCGGAUAAGCGAGCAAUCGAAGGCAUCAAGCUGGCUGAUAACAACUAUGAAAUUGCCGUGACAACACUGAAAGAGCGCUUCGGUCGACAGGAAUUACUAGUCAACGAGCACAUCGACCAGCUUCUUGCAUUGUCGCCCGUGAGGAGUUCCAAGGAAGUGGAGAAGCUUCGGGUGCUGCAUGACACCGUGCGUUUCCGCGUAAGUGCGCUCGAAGGUCUUGGUGUACGACCUGAGCAGUACACUGUGGUGCUUCAUCGGGUGCUAAUGAGGUGCUUGCCAGAAGACUUGGCGAUAAUGUACCGAGAGAAGAAGAAGGAGGAGAGCACGCGCGGUACUAAUGCAUCAGCAGAGCCCACACCACCUGAAGCGAGAACGCACAAGGCGACCGACACUUUAGCGUUCCUGAAAAUCCAGGUUGAAGUGCGUGAGGAAGGGAAGCAAGAAGCGGCGUUAUCGUAUACGCACAACUCGAUCACGGUACCUGGUGACAUGAGCUCGCCGACAAGAUCUUCACAGGGCAUUCCGUCGGCAUCCGCGCUAGCGGCGACGGAAUCCCUACAGCAGCGCACGCCUUGUGUACUGUGCGACAGCCGUGGUCACAGCCUGGCAGAGUGCACGGUCGACUUAUCCGCCGACGAGAAACGGGCCAGGUUGCUUAACGCUCGGUGCUGUUACAAGUGCGGAAUGCGCAAUCAUGUCGCACGGCUUUGCAGAGUCUCCCUGAACCUUACGUGCAACAAGUGCCAACGCCGACACCUAACGGUCCUUUGCGAGCUGUCACGAGCCGUCACCACGAUCGCUGCUCCUGCACCAACAGUACCGAGCGGCUCGUUCGGCUCUACCUCACCGACGGUAACUACGGCGUCAACUGGCGCUACAGAAGCCAAGUCGGUGCUGCUUCAGACGGGCCGUGUUUGGGCUGAGAGCGGACCGCGACAGCUCCUGGUGCGUGUGAUGCUUGACAGCGGCAGCCAGCGUUCAUUCAUCCGCACCGACGUGGCCAAGAGACUGCAGUGUAAAGUCUUUGGCACGGAAGAGCUCUCACUGGUAACGUUUGGAAAUGCCAAGCCACGGAAUCAUUUACGUUGUCGACGCGUCUCUGUCACGCUGCGUGGACGAUUUAACGGCAGCACCGUCACAUCGGAAGCACUGGAAGUCCGCGAACUGUGCACCGUGACAAGUCCACCGCUGAACAUGGAAGUGCUCGAGCUGUUGAGCGCCCGGAGGUAUGAUGCUGCGGACAUGUUUGACCCGGAAACUUGGCACCCAGAGGACGUCAGCAUAUUAAUUGGCUCGGACGCUUAUUGGAAAGUCGCCACUGGAAAGAUUGUUCGCCUCAACGAGCAACUCACUGCCGUGGAAACGUCGUUCGGGUGGACUGUGCAGGGCAGUAGCUCGCACUACGAAGCUACAGCAACUAGUGCCCUUUUCUUAUCGGCUGGUGGUUCUCAUCAAGAGUGCAAUGAAUCGGCUAUGUGGCGCCUCGACACUAUUGGUAGUGAGAACCGGUAG